CAAUCUUAAAUAUUCGCCUUCAUUCGACGUUUUUCUUUCGGUCAUGUUAAUGGUAAAUCAUUUUAAUUUUUAGAUUAGUAUUGAAGUUAUUUCAGUAGCAGUUUCUCCGGAAUUCACUCAAAAUUAGCAAUUUACAGAAUUAUAUUCCAAUUUAUAAACAAAUGCAGCAGUCAUAAUUGUAGAAAAUAAAAGCAAAAAGUGUAGUACAAGUGCAAAUAUAAACCGUGGCAAACAAAGUUUUUUUUCUUGUGUGUUCAUAAAAAGAGAAAAGUAAAAAUGAGCUCAACUUCUAGCCGCAAAGAAAAUGAAAGGACCAAAUUAAUACAGGAAAAAUGUCAAACUUUACUGACUCAGAUGCUACGUGAUGAAGACAACAAAUAUUGCGUUGAUUGUGAUGCGAAAGGUCCGCGUUGGGCAUCAUGGAACCUAGGUGUAUUUUUGUGCAUACGCUGUGCCGGCAUACAUCGCAAUCUUGGCGUACACAUAUCACGUGUAAAGUCGGUUAAUUUAGACACUUGGACGCCAGAACAGGUGAUUUCAUUGCAACAGAUGGGCAACUCUCGUGCGCGUGCCGUCUAUGAAGCACAGCUGCCAGAUGGUUUCCGUCGCCCUCAGACCGAUACAGCAUUGGAAUCGUUUAUACGCGCCAAAUAUGAACAUAAAAAGUAUUUGGCACGCGAAUGGGUGCCGCCAUCUCCGCCUAAAGUAGACUGGGCAAAAGAAAUCGAUGAGGAAUUAGAACGCCAGAAGCGAAAGAAGAAAGCAGCACAAGCAUGCACAUCAAUGGGACUGAGUGUAAUGAGUGGUGUUGGCGCUGGAGGUGACAAAAAGAACAGUACAUCAACAAGUUCAGUAUCGAAAUCGACAAAACUGCCAGCGCCGUUACCCAAACCGAAGGCCGGCCAAGUUGGAAGUGGUUGCAGUCCGAAAACACAACGCAUUUCAACAAAUUCAACCAGCAGUGAUGGCAAUCAAAGCAACGAUUUACUCGGACUUUCCUCUCCCACAAAACCUGUUCAAAAUAAUGUUGCUAAUACAGCACCACAAGAUUUGCAAAAUGAUAGUUUCACUGGAUUUCUAAGUGCCACACCUUCCGUAGCUUCCCAAAGUGGGGAUCAUAACAAAUUUGUGGAAUCGAAUGGUCAAAGUACUACACAAAAUUCGCUAGCCAAGGACGAAGAGGAUUUUUUCAAUCAAGGAUCGCUAUCUAGUGGUGACAAAGAUAAAUCUGGAAAAAUGACUAAAGAUAGCAUACUGGCACUAUAUGGCACUGCACCUACCAAUACUGUGCAAUCUCAUAAUCCGCAUGGCGGGCAAAUGCCUUUUGCCCAACCACAACCCAUGUUUGCCGCAACUGGCGCAUACUCGGCUGGAAUGGCCCCUGGUUAUAUAGGUGCCGGCGGAUUACAGCAUUCUCAGCAACAACAAUUUAUGACGCCACCCAAUUCAACCAGUAUGUACAAUGCACCAGUUAUGACAGCUCCGACAGCAUUCACCACCCCUGGUAUGCAUAUAGGUGCCACAGGUGCAGCCGCUGGAUUCGGUGCACAAUUUCCGGGAACAACCAGUACCGCCAUGUACACACAGCAACAUAUGGCUGGUAUAGGAAAUAUGAUGGCAAAUAGUGGACAGCCAGCAGGGAACCUAAAUCUUAUGCAUACCAAUCAGAGUCUACUUAGUGGUAUGUCAAUGAUGGGUAUGGGUGCUACAUCAGUAGGCAUGUCGCAACAGCCUCCGAUGGGUAUGAGUAUGCCAAUGGGUUCAAUGCAAAUGACUGGAACAUUUCAAUCAGCGCCUACAGCGGCUGCCGGUACUGCAUCUACUGGUAACAUUGGACUGAACCAGCAAUUUAGCAAUUUGAAUAUUGGCAAUGUGUGGCAGUGAGCAGGUGGCGCUUGGCAGGUUGGUGAACAGUAGCACCAGCUUCAAUUGCUGCCGAAAACCAACUUGCCUUGUACAGAAUUACGCUAUCGACAGCGGCGCCAACGUCGGUAUGUUUUCGUUUUAGGUGAAACUCGAAAAGAGAAAAAAGCUUAAUAAAAAUAAUUUCAUGUUCCUUUAAGAAUUUUCGAAAAAGAUGUUUAAAUAAUAAAAUAACAUUAAUAUUUGUGAUUGGGAAUUUUCUGCAGUUAGGGCGCUUAGUUAACUUUUUGUAUUUAUAUUGCACCAAAUUUUCAAACGUAAUUGCAAUUUGUCCUGCACGAAACGAAAACAUUGCCGAACAUAGCUAAUUAAAAUUAUAAAGCAUGACAUAUGCACAUAUUGGAUAAAGUCGUUACAUAUAAAAGCUAUUCAUUCGUAUUAAUAAUUUGCACUUCAGCAGCAUUAAACAAACUCUCUUGGUUGGUUAUCUCAUUAAAAGGCUCAUAAAGGCCUAAAUAAAUUUUAAUUAAGAUGGAUCUUUUUUAUUUGUAUUUACGUACGUUUAUAUAUUUAACAAAAAUUUUUGGGCUUAUGGUACUUGCUUAGUAUUAGAAGAAAUGUGAACUUCAAUGGCCAGAUAAACUUUCAAAAAUGCAGAAUAUAUUAAAUAGUCCACAGGUGCAUUACUCAAAGGAUAAAUAAAACCAUUUAUUCAAGAUCAGCCCGCAAUAUUUUUGUGCGCAUCUCCAGUUUUUAAAAACCCUUAUUGUGUAUAUUAUAUAAAAAUGAAUGUGAAACUUUGUACAAAAAGAUCCAUCUGGCUGAUUGGUUUAAUUCUAUGUAUGGUCAAUGGAUCAGCUGCAAUACUUAACCCGAGACGAAAAUGUAAUAAAAUAAGCUUAUAUGUAUAUGUACAUAUAUUAAAGCUGAGAAUCAGUAUGUAUAGUAUGGAAGGUUAUUCCUUCCAAAGUACAAUUAACCUUUGAGCAUUUGUGCUCAUAGUAAAUGAUACUUACAUAUAAAUAAUAAACAUUUAAUUUUGACUUUUCUUUAAAUACACAAGUAUAAUUGUAAGUUUAUUACGACGUUUAAUUGUAACUAUUAAUAUCAAUAAAUAACAUUUAAAA